AUGACCGGACAAUCAAGCAUUGGAACCCUCGUAAACAAGGGCAACGUUCUGUUCAAACAGAAGCUCUACGAGCGGGCUCGGGACUGCUAUCGAGAGGCCCUCCAGGAUGAUCCAACCUGUGUGGAAGCGCUUUAUAAUUUCGGUUUAACUGCAAAGCAGUUGGAUCGACUUGACGAAGCGCUGGAUGCCUUUUACAAAAUCCACGCAAUCCUCCGCAACAAUGUCCUUGUCAUGUAUCAAAUGAUGGACAUCUACGAGAAGAUGGAGGACACUGCACAGGCCCAAGACUGGUUUCUUCAAAUACACGGUAUCAUCUCCUCUGAUCCCUUUCUGCUGCAGCGAUGCGGAGACAAUUUUGAGAGAGCGGGCGACAAAUCCCAGGCCUUCUCUUAUUAUUAUGACUCAUUCAAGUACUAUCCGUGCAACUUUGACGUGAUUGAAUGGCUCGGUGCCUAUUACAUCGAGUCACAGUUCUGCGAAAAAUCAAUUACGUACUUUGAAAGGGCUGCGCUUAUGCAGUGA